AUGUCAACAGCAGCACUACGGGUCGGCACCCGUGCUGUACCGACAAAGCAUCAUAUGCUGUAUACGGAGAAGCACAUGGAAAUUCGCAGAGAACUUCGCAAGCUGAUCCAGCGAUCGAUCAAUCCCCACGUGCAAAAAUGGGAGGAUGCGGGGAGGUUUCCAGCACAUGCGGUUUUCAAGCAGCUGGGAAAUAUGGGGGUUCUAGCUGUUAGCAAACCUUCAGCUUUUGGUGGACUGGGUUUGGAUUUCUCCUACUCGAUCGCCGUCGCAGAAGAGUUGGGCAACAUAGACUGCGCUGCGAUUCCGAUGGCCGUCUGCGUUCAGACACACAUGGCGACACCUGCGCUGGCCAUGUUCGGCAGCGAUUCGUUGAGAGCCGAAUUCCUUACUCCAUCAGUGAACGGCGACAUGGUGGCUUGCAUUGCAGUGAGCGAGCCAGAAGCGGGCAGCGACGUCGCAGCAAUCCGGACUAGGGCUACCAGAAGCGGUUCCGAUCUCAUUAUAAGCGGCCAUAAGAUGUGGAUUACGAAUGGAGCGCAGGCCGAUUGGGCUUGCGUGCUUGUGAACACCAACAACAACUCGUCGCCACACCGUAGCAAAAGUCUUGUCUGUGUAAGACUGGACGAACCAGGAGUUCUUCGCACUGCAAAUGUAAAAAAAUUAGGGAUGCAGAGUUCAGAUACGGCCGAGAUUUUCUUCGACAACGUCAGAGUGCCGGCUCGUAAUAUAAUUGGUGAAGAAGGACAGGGUUUCGUUUACCAAAUGUUGCAAUUCCAAGACGAACGGCUGGUAACUGCCGCUGUCUUGCUUGAACCUCUACAACGGUGCAUUUCUCUCACGGCCGAAUACGCGAGAGAUCGGAGGAUCUUCGGAACCACAGUCUUGAAUCAACAGACAGUACAUUUCACGUUGGCCGAGCUACAGUCCGAAUUGGAGGCUGUUCGCGCACUUCUGUACAGAGCAGUGCUGUCACGACUUCACGGUGAUGACGUGACUCUGUUGGCGUCGAUGGCUAAGCUGAAAGCGGGAAGAUUGGCUCGAAUAGUAACGGACAGUUGCUUGCAGUUCUGGGGUGGAACUGGGUUCACAUGGGACAAUCCGAAUGAACUGCACUUAAUGGAGUUGGAUGCUGCCACAUUCCGAUGCCAAUUUCUGCGGAAAGUUCGAACAUUCAAAACUUCGCUGACCACUGGUCGCAAGGAAAAUGGCGCUGAAGCAAUGUUUGCAAGAGGUGUGCACCACGAAUUCAUUUUGACGACAGUGUUCGAGAAAUCAGGAGACCUUCGUUUGCAAGAAGAGGCAGCUAAGCGAUUACAUCCGCAUAGGUGGUAA